AGACCUUGCUUCAUAUUGUUACACCGAAGUAGCAGCCAUCUCUCUGCAGAUCGAAGCCGGAAGCGAGUGUAGCAAUGGGUGCUUACACCUACGUAUCGGAGCUAUGGAGGAAGAAACAGUCGGAUGUGAUGCGAUUUAUGCAGAGGGUGAGGUGCUGGGAAUACCGUCAGCUUCCUUCCAUUGUUAGGGUUACUCAUCCUACUCGUCCAGACAAGGCUCGCCGCAUGGGUUACAAAGCCAAACAGGGUUAUGUGAUCUAUCGAGUACGUGUGAGGCGUGGUGGAAGGAAGAGGCCAGUUCCAAAAGGUAUCGUGUACGGAAAGCCCACAAACCAGGGAGUGACUCAACUGAAGUUUCAACGAAGCAAGAGAUCCGUUGCUGAAGAACGAGCAGGAAGGAAGUUGGGUGGUCUCAAGGUUCUUAACUCCUACUGGCUCAAUGAGGAUUCGACUUACAAGUACUUUGAGGUGAUCUUGGUAGAUCCUGCUCAUGCUGCUAUCCGCAAUGAUCCAAGGAUCAACUGGAUUUGCAACCCAGUGCACAAACACAGAGAGCUAAGGGGAUUGACAUCUGCUGGAAAGAAGUACAGAGGACUUCGUGGAAAGGGACACUUGAACCACAAGGCACGACCUUCAAGAAGGGCUACAUGGAAGAGGAACAACACCUUGUCUCUUCGUCGUUAUCGCUGAUAAGUUAUGGCUUACAAUGCUUUCUUCUUCUAUUAUGAACUUGCUUUUGUUUUGUGUUGUAGUGAUAUUAAAUUUUGGUGUUUGAGAAUUGUUGAGACUAAGAGUUUUGAUGGUAACUUGGCUUCAUUGCAGCAACUUCUUAAUAUGUUGAAAUGUGCUACUUCUCUUAUAAUAUAUGUUUGGGUUCAUGUCAGCAAAACA